AUGUUCGCGAAGCCAGAGACCCUGGAAGUGAAGGAGGAAGAGGGGCUCCUUGACCCCCGGUCGUCGCCCUCCUCCUCCUCUUCGUCGUCGUCUUCCUCCCCCUCCUCCUCCUCCCUCGCCCCUUUCUCGUCGGGCUCCGAAGGGGAGGACGAGGUGGAAGAAGAGCCGCCCCACGUCCUCUCCCCUUCGGGACAGGCGCCCGAGGUGGCCGUGAAAGCGGCGGAGCACGCGCGCCUUCCCCUGCUCGGCUUGAGACGGCACGACUAUAAGAGGCGCUCCGGCCGGGCGCAAAACGCUUCCCGCCUCACCAAGACGGCCGAGACGGUCCAACGGCUGAAGAAGAGCCGCCGCCUGAAAGCCAACAACCGCGAGAGGAACCGGAUGCACAACCUGAACGCGGCCCUGGAUGCCCUGCGGGAGGUGCUGCCCACCUUCCCGGAGGACGCCAAACUGACCAAGAUCGAGACGCUGCGCUUCGCUCACAACUAUAUUUGGGCGCUCACCGAGACGCUCCGCUUGGCCGACCAUUGCGGAGGGGGAGGAGCGGCUGCUGCUGCCGCAGCUGCCGCCGCCGCCUUCUCCGAGGCAAUGCUGGGCAAUAUUAGCAGCGGAGGGGGCGCAGGCAGCAGCAGCAGCAUUUCUCAGACGUCGUCCUCGGGUUCCUGGAGCUGCACCACCAGCCCCGCUCCUUCGGCCGGCUCCUCGGCUUACAGUUGUACUUUGUCGCCUUCCAGCCCCGGCAGCUCCGCCUCAGAGUUGGACUUUUGGCAACCGGAAAACCCCGGCUAUCUGCUAUCCAGAGAUUUGAUCUGA